AUGCUGUUAGCAAAUUUUUUGCACCUGCUAGCGGGAUUAGCGUUAUUCUCAUUUACCGUUCAUUACAUUUAUUAUAUUGUAACUGCGCUGUAUCGAUUUUCUGAAGCUCAAAUGCAAUCCGAGGAUGCAAAAUACAUCAAAAAACGAUGGAAGGGUGGUACUGUCGAGCCACAUCCCACCGAAAAGGCACUAAUCGUAAAUUACAAAUUAGAAGCAGCAGUAUUUGGAGAUCCUGGGGAUCCUAUGUUGGAGGACAAAAAGGAUUGUCAACGAAUUAUACGCUUAAAAUCACUUAAUUCAAAAACUGACCCAGCGGCGCUUGCACGAGAAGUGGUAGAAAAAUGCGAUCUUAUCCACAAAUCUCAACUAUGUGAUAUUGAACAAAUAAUAUACUAUUUGAAGAAUCGUAAAACUGUUGAAAGUCCAGUUGUUGGCACCAGCAGCAGCAAUCAACGAUCAAUUUCACGAAUUUCUGAUAAAGCUAAUGCUGCUCAGAAUGCGACACUCGACACGACGACGGAACGUGCAUCUAUUCGAAAUGUCGAUGAAUAUAUUGAACUAUUGUACGAGGAUUUACCCGAAAAGGUGAAAGGAUCUCGACUUAUACUUCAACUGGCUCGUGAUCCAGACAAUCUUGAAGAAUUGGAGAAAAACGAGGCAGUCCUUAGUGCACUUUCACGUGUUUUACGUGAGGAUUGGCGUCGAUCGUUGGAUCUUUCAACAAACAUCAUUUACAUUUUCUUUUGCUUUUCUACUUAUACGAACUUUCAUUCGGUUAUAGUGAAUUACAAGAUUGGGUCGCUAUGCAUGGACGUAAUUGAUUAUGAGUUGCGUCGAUAUGAUCAAAUGAAACAUGAUAUUGACACCCGCAAGAACGUCAUGUCUGUUAGUUUAGGCAAUGAUCCGAGUUCCAAAGAGAAAGACAUUGAUAUCAUAAAUCAUCCAUCAUCGAGUACCAGCAAGAGCAGCAGCAACAGCAUUGAACAUCUUGAUACUAUUAUUGAUCAGGAAAAACCAAAAGACAUGGAACCACCAAGGCGACGUAUACCGGAAUUGAAACAACGUCCAAAAUCUGGCAAUUGGUCUAGUAGCAGCAGCGGAAUAAACGCUUCUCCUUCCCUUGUCAAAGCACACUCGAUGAGCGGUAGUUAUCAUCACGAUGAGCAACUUACAUCUAAGGAUGAAUCUAGUCCUACAACUCCUAUCUCGAAUGCAAAUUCAACGGAGUCGAUAAACACAAAUACUACAUUGAUGGUGGCAGUUGAUGGAGCGGUGGGUAAACAACCACCACCAGAUCCUCGCAAACUAAAAGAUGAUUACGAUAAAAUUAACAAACAAUUUAAACUCUUUGUGCGGAAACAAGAACAGCUGCUACGCGUCGCAUUUUAUCUAUUGCUGAAUAUUGCGGAAAAUGUGAAGCUAGAGGAAAAAAUGCGCAAGAAAAACAUUGUCAAAAUGUUGCUUAUAGCGCUUGAGCGUCAAAACUUCGAUCUGCUCGUGCUGGUUGUAACAUUUUUAAAGAAGCUAUCUAUCGUACUUGACAACAAGGACGAAAUGUACGAGCUAAAUAUUGUCGAAAAGCUGCCUCGAUUACUACAGUCACAACGAGAUCUUGUUCAGAUGACUCUCAAGCUUCUGUUCAAUCUUUCUUUCGACGCGCGUCUGCGCGGUAAAAUGAUACGAGUUGGCCUUUUACCAAAGCUGGUCACAUUUCUUAGCGACGAUAAGCAUCACGGUAUAGUGACCAGGAUAUUGUACCAUAUGAGCCUGGAUGAUCGAGUGAAGUCCAUGUUCACGCAUACGGAUUGUGUACCAGUUGUCGUCGACAUGUUGCUGCUCAAUUUAAAUCAAAAAUCGGAUCCUGAUCUGAUUGCUCUCGGUAUAAAUCUUGCACUAAAUCGACGAAAUGCUGCCCUUAUGAUCGAAAACAAUCGCCUUCGCAAUCUGAUGUCACGUGCAUUCAAGUGUCAAGAUACGUUGAUCGUUAAAAUGAUUCGUAACAUUUCAAUGCACGAUACACUUCGUCCGCAUUUUGUGGAUUUUGUUGGGGAUCUUGCCAAGAUUUUAACAGAAUGUGAUGAUGAAGAAUUUACCGUUGAAUGUCUCGCUAUUUUGGGAAACUUAGCGUUGGCGGAUUUAGACUAUUCACAAAUAAUCCACAACUUUAACUUGAUUCCACUUAUUCGUAAUAUGCUUGUACCAGGAAAAUAUAAGGAUGAUCUAGUUUUAGAAAUGGUAGUAUUUCUGGGAACAUGUGCACUUGAUGAAUCUUGCACUAUGUUGUUGUGCAAAGCUGAUGUCAUUUUAUCACUGAUAGAACUGCUAAAAGCAAAGCAAGAAGAUGACGAAAUGGUGCUGCAGAUUGUGUUUGUAUUUCAACAGGUACUUCGGCAUGAAAGUACUCGUUGCUACAUGAUCAAGGAAACGGAAUCACCGGCAUAUUUAAUCGAUCUAAUGCAUGACAAAAAUGAAGAAAUUCGCAAAGUUUGCGACGUUUGUCUCGAUAUCAUUGCGAUAACUGACGCAGAUUGGGCAUCUAGAAUUACUCUGGAAAAAUUCCGCAAUCACAACAGCCAGUGGCUCAGUAUGGUUGAUUCUCAAGAAAACGCGGAUGAAACGCUGGCUUACGGUGGAUCCAUUGAAGACCCUGAUGAAGCAGAUCUACCCACGUAUCUUACAUCGGAAUAUCUCGAUCAACUGUAUCUGCUAAACGCUGAUACAACGAAUGAUGACAGUAAUGACUAUAGUAAACUACGCUCUAGUUCUUCUUUGUCUAAUUACAGUCGCCCCGUCAGUCGUUAUAGCCGUGAUUUAGAAGAUAUGGAAAUUAUCCAUUGAAUCCAUGGUUUUGACGGUCAAAUAUUGUGACAUGCGUUUUGUAAAAAGUUAUGCAAGCAGUAACGUACGUAUGCGUGAGACGACGCUUUGUAUGGCUUGGAAUCUAUUUAUCAAAUGAAAUUGCAUGCUGCUGCAGAUUGGAUUUCUUACUGGUAUUAUUAGCAUUUUGACGGUGCAAGUGCUUAGAUAUCUGAGUGUUUAAAAUGUAUCGUCAUGAGGGGUAUAAACUUGGGCUCUUUGUAAGAAUUAGUAUUAUUUCAUCUCUGUGCUAGAUCAAUGGUUAAUGUCUGUAUGCAUAUUUUCUCAUUGUAAUUGCAAUCCCAUUAAAACAUAAUAUAAUCUAUAGUAGCAAAUGAACCACGUGCUAUUUGCUUGAAGUCCUUAAAG